CGGCCGGGCCGGGUGUUCGCCUUCCGCGACGCGGCUCCGGGCCCGACGGCGGGUCCGUCGGGGUCGGGGCCGCCGCCCCCGGUGCCGCUGGUGCUGGACAACGGGUCGUUCGAGGUGCGCGCCGGCUGGGCCUGCCCGGGGGCGGAGCCCGCGCCGCGCCUGCGCUUCCGCUCCGUGUGCGCGCGCAGCCGCGGGGGCGCGGGCGGGGCCGGGCCCCCCGCGCGCGCCCCCGCCGCCCCCGCGCGCGCCCCCGCCCCGCGCGCCCCCGGCCGGCCGGAGCCCCCGCGCGGCCUGCCGCGCUCCCCCUUCGACCGCGGCGUCCCCGUCAACCUCCACCUGCAGGAGCUGCUGCUCGACUCCACCUUCCAGCACCUCGGAGUCGCCUCCCAGGGCUGCGUCGAUCACCCUCUGGUGAUAACGGAAGCGGUGUGCAACCCCCUGUAUUCGCGCCAGAUGAUGUCCGAGCUGCUGUUCGAGUGCUACCGCGUGCCGAAAGUCUCCUACGGGAUAGACAGCCUCUACAGCUUCUACCACAACAGACGGAAAAACUCUCCCUUCAGCGGCCUCGUCGUUUCCUCCGGGUACCAGUGCACGCAUGUUUUACCCGUCUUGAAAGGCAGAUUGGAUGCCAAAAACUGCAAACGCAUCAAUCUUGGAGGAAACCAAUCAGCUAUAUAUCUGCAGCGUCUUCUUCAGCUAAAAUAUCCUGGACAUUUAGCAGCCAUCACUCUUAGUCGCAUGGAGGAAAUCCUGCAUGAACACAGCUAUAUUGCUGAAGACUAUGGGGAAGAACUGCAGAAGUGGAAGUCUGCCGAGUACUACGAGGACAACGUGCACAAGAUGCAGCUCCCUUUCUCCAGCAAGCUCCUGGGCAGCACCCUGACGGCCGAAGAGAAACAGGAACGGAGGCAGCAGCAGAUGCGGCGGCUCCAGGAACUCAACGCCCGCCGGCGGGAAGAGAAACUCCAGCUCGACCAGGAGAGGUUGGACCGACUGCUCUUCGUGCAGGAGCUUCUCGAAGACGGGCAGAUGGAUCGGUUCCAUAAAGCGCUGGUGGAGCUGAACAUGGACUCGGCCGAGGAGCUGCAGUCGUACAUACACAAACUGAGUUUGGCCGUGGAACAGACCAAGCAGAAAAUCCUGCAAGCGGAAGUCAACGUCGAGGUGGAUGUGGUGGACAGCAAACCAGAGACCCCCGACUUGGAACAGCUGGGCAGCGAGCAGUCGCUCGAAGAUGUGGAAAACAUAAACGACUUCGAACCUCUGUUUGCCGAGGAGACGGCCGAAGUCGAGAAGCCAGUUGCGACCGUGCAGCCCGUGUUUAACCUAGCAGAAUAUCACCAGCUCUUCCUGGGAACGGAAAGAAUUCGAGCCCCCGAAAUUAUUUUCCAGCCAUCCCUCAUAGGAGAAGAACAGGCGGGGCUGGCAGAAACGAUCCAGUAUGUUCUAGACAGGUUUCCUAAAGAAGUGCAGGACACCCUUGUCCAGAACGUUUUCCUCACUGGUGGCAAUAUGAUGUAUCCUGGGAUGAAAUCUAGGAUUGAGAAGGAACUGCUUGAAAUGAGACCUUUCCAGUCUUCUUUUCAGGUCCACGUGGCCUCUAAUCCUAUAUUGGAUGCUUGGUAUGGAGCUCGGGAUUGGGCCCUGGAGCAUAUGAACAGUGAAGAAGGGUGGAUAACCCGAAAAGAUUAUGAAGAAAAAGGCGGAGAGUACCUCAGAGAGCACGCCGCCUCCAACGUCCACGUCCCCAUCCGCCUCCCCAAACAGGCUUCACGGACAGCAGACGCGCCGGCGUCCGGCAAAGUGGCCGGAGCCGCUUUAAGCGGUCCCUGCGAACAGGUGUAGCGGAGCGCGCCCGAGGACACAGACUCCUCCCCCCGGAGCAGCGGAGUUGGGGAGAAUCAAUUCCAGUCCGCGAAACCACCGCCUGCAUCAGUUUCGGCGGGUCUGAUCUACCGGGCGACCGGACGGACCGUGAGAUCGUCGGUCGGUAGAGUCGACGACCGUGUGUCCGUAAUGAUGAGCCUCUCUUUUGGAGAAAGAGAUGGGUGACUUUUUUCUUUUGCCCAGUGACUCGAACUGGCGUAUAUCAGCGGUCGGAGAGCUUGAAGCAGCCUUAAGUUACGGUCAACCCAAGCAGCGUGAAUGGUGGAACUUCCGCGAUCGGCUCGCCUCGCAAAGCGCAAGUAAAGCUUAAGAGGAAAUAGUAGAAGGAGGCGGAGACGGACGAAACUCGGUUUGAAAUGGAAUGGGGAGUGUUUUAUUAAAUGUCGAUUUCCUUUUCUUUGAAACGUA